AUGCCAGACUCUACGUUCGACGACAAAUCCUCCGAUGGUGGCUCUUCUUUUCAUCCGGCUCUCACAUUCUCUAAUAUUCGGAAUCAUGUUUCCAUUGUUCUUGAAAUGGAGAAUGUGCAGUACGGGACAUGGGAGGAACUCUUUAAGAUCCAUGCUCGUUCGCACAAGGUGCUCCACCAUAUCAUCCCUCCACCCAUCGGUAAGGAGAAGCCGGCUCCGCAAACGGAUGAGGAAAUUGAUUUUUGGUCCACCCUUGACGCUACGGUGCUUCAUUGGAUAUAUUCCACCAUCUCUAAUGAUCUUUUGAAUACUAUUAUGGAACCAGAAGCCACGGCCAUGGACGCAUGGGACCGAUUGCGAGACAUCUUUCAAGAUCAUCAAAAUUCACGGGUCCUAAAGAAUGUCGGGGCUCCGGUGGCGGCUAGCCGCUUGGUUCUUCAGUUGGCUUCAGGCAUCAAUGAGGCGUACAAGCAUGUGGGCAUCAAUAUACGACAUGCUAAACCGCUUCCUCCCUUUAGCGAGGCUCGCUUCUCCCUUCUCCUGGAGGAACGAGAACUCGCCGCCAUGGCUAUGCACGGUGGCUCGUCGGCAAUGGUCGAGGCAGAUGAGGUGGCAGCCUCGACAGAUGGGUCAGGCUCACUUGGGUCGCAUCGCAACAAAAAUCGCAAAAACAACCGCCAUCAUUCCGGCAACAAAAACCGCAGAGGUGGCCGGAAUUCUGACGGUGGUAAAGGGGGGUCAGGUUCGGGCGGUGGCAGGCAUGGCGGUGGCCGGAAUUCUGGAGGCGGUCAGGGCAGUGCAGCACCUCAACUUGGCUCGUGGCAGUGGGUGCCCAACUAUACACCCCCUCCACCUCCAUGUCCCAUUCCUGCACAAGGUUGGGCCAGGCCAGCAACAGGCCCAACUCGUUCAUCUGGCCAGCAGGGGGUUUUAGUCCCACAUCCUCAGCACGUGUAUGCAGUUUUAGCCCCAACAGGUUCAUAUGUUCAGAUAUUAAGAGCUAAUCAAAAUAUUUUACAAGCGGGUCGAAUCAGUUCGAAGCAGUUUAUAAAUCAUAUUUAUAUUGUUAUAUAA